AUGAUGGAUAGUGAUAAAGGACCACAAGAAAAUAUAAAUAGAUCAAAUACAGCAGAUUCGUCCAACUUGGCCAGCUAUAAAAGCUAUAAACCGAUACAAUUAUCGGACGGCGUCUAUGCUACUUUAGAUUCUCCUUCAGCAGAUGUAUCUACUCUGAAAAGAACUGAUAGUGACAACAAUGACAAACAACCCAGCCUGGUGCGUGGUUAUUCGACUCGAUCUUCAAGAUUAAUACGUCCCUCUGAAACCAACUCCAUUCAUGAACCCAGCACUCCACUCUUUCGAGCAGCAACUACAGGUAAUGUUCGAUUGUCGUCGCAGAGCUUCUCAGUGACAGAUGCCAAUAAAAGUGGUAAUCCUUUUGUCGACCCGAUAUGGUCCAAAAACAAUUUUUCCUACGAUUCUUUAGGUGCUCGUGGUUCACUCAACUCUUCUAUCAACAUGAGUCGAAUGGGCUUAUCAGACGGUCGUCGUACAACGGAUUUUAUUGAUACUUCAUCCACUGAAUAUCUUAUCGCUAAACGCUCGCCGAAUUCUCCAAACUCUUACGGCCCAGAUGAAAAGAAUGCUUCGGAGAAGGUCACAGAGAACACUUGUUUAAAUAAUUACUUUAAUGAAGACAUCGCUGCGCUGGAAGAAGGGGAGGGUCCAACUAAAGAGAAGAAAAAGAAGAAGAAGAAGAAAGACAAAAAUGCUGGCGGCGCGACCGUUGAGCCGAAGGUGUUCUUUGCCAACGAGCGUACCUACAUGCAGUGGCUCAACUUUGCAGCCAUUUUGUUAACUUUAGCUAUUACAUUGAUUAAUUUCGGUGAUCGAAUCAACACAAUUGUUGGAGGUAUCUUUUUCGGUAUUGCUAUUGUCUUCGCAUUAUAUUCAUUUGGUUUCUCAAGAUGGCGUGCCUGGCGUAUCACUCACAAGCCACAUCUACGUUUCGAUGAUAUUUUCGGUCCCGUCUUUCUGUGUAUCUUUUUGGUUGGCUGCUUAGUGCUUAAUGCCGUUUUAAGAUAUAACCAUCCGUCGCCGACGACUGGUUACUUGGGUACAAACAAAACUCAGACAGAGGAUGAUAGUGGUUUGUAA